GGGGCCGAGCGGAGCGGAGCGGAGCGGGACGGGACGGGACGGAGGCGGCGGGUCCCGGCGCGCUGCGGGCGAUGCGCCUCCUGGCCGUGGCGGUGGCCGCGCUGCUGGCCCGCGCCCCCGGCCCAGAUGUCAGUGAAGCACUGAAUGUGACAGUCUCACCAGGACCAACAGUGCAAUACUUAGAGGGAGACAAUGCUACCCUUUAUUGUCAUGUUUCUCAAAAGAGGAGGAAAGACAACUUACUGGCUGUCCGAUGGGUUUUUGCCCACUCACCUACACAGGAGCAUCUGAUGAUCAAAAUGACUAAAUUUGGGGUUGUCCAGUACUAUGGAAAUUAUACCUACCAUUUCCACAAGAAAAGACUUCGCCUUCUCAAAGAAAAACAUGGAACAAUGUACAAAUUCCUCAUUCUGAAUCUCCGGCAAACAGAUCAAGGACACUAUAUAUGCAAAGUCCAGGAAAUUGGCAAACAUAAGAAUAAAUGGACGGCAUGGUCAAAUGGCACAGCAGCCACUGAAGUAAAAGUGGUUUCAUCAAAAGCAUCAGAUGAUUCCACUUUCAAGAAAAACCAUGAGGCCUGGAAAUUUUUUGAAGACUUGUACAUAUAUGCAGUGUUUGUGUGCUCCAUAGGGAUUGUCAGUGUUCUCCUUUUUACACUCGUCAUUCUUUGUCAGUCCCUACUAAACAAGAGAAGAUCCAGAGUGAAACAUUACCUGGUGAAAUGUCCUCAGAACAGCUCAGGGGAGACUGUCACUAGUGUGACAAGUCUAUCCCCUCUACAGCCCAAAAAAGUAAAGAAAAAGAAGGAGAAAGUAGAGCAACCACCAGCUGUCCCAGCAAAAGCUCCAAUAGCCAACAAUUUUCCUAAACCUAAGUUGCUGAAACCUCAGAGAAAAGUGAUUCUGCCAAAAAUUGCAGAGGAGACUUUAACAUAUGCAGAACUUGAGCUGAUCAAGCCCCUGCAGGAAGCCAAAGGCAUCCCCACUACAACAGUCUACGCACAGAUCCUCUUUGAGGAGAAUAAGUUGUAAAAGCCUGUGUCUGUAAAUAUAUUCUUUGUCUGUUUUCUAUGUAAUUCUUGCUGUGCUGUUUAUUUAUAAAAAUCUUACAAAUGUCCUUAUUUUUUUACUUCCAUUCAUGUACUUCUGUACUUUUAUGAGACUUUUUCUAAACCUGUAGUUAAAAGGAAUCACAGUGAUGGCAAAUGAUAAACAACAGCCCUUUCAAAAGCUCUUGGUGCCUUGGUUUCUAUAGACUAAUGUACUACCUGGGCCAUUUUGAAUGCUAAGUGCAAAAGAGCCCAGUGGAAACCUCAUUUCCACACAAGUCAAUUCUAUACCUACUGCAAGAGUAGAGCUGGUCAAGGAUUUGCCAACAGUUUUCAAUGAGAAAUUCCAGUUCAGCAGUACUGGGACUUUUCCCAGGAAAGCAUCAAGCUCAAUGAAUAUCUUUUCAGCUUGAGAAAGCUUUAACAUUUUUGAAAAAAGUAUAAUGUUUUGAUUUAAACCCCUAUGUUGCUCUGGGGUGGGGAUUUGGGGAAGGGAAAGGGGGAGGGAGGCAUUUUUUAUGAUUUGGCUUUCUGUCCCAGUUUGGAAUGGGAAAAAAUUCUUAAUAGCUCCAUUUUGUUUGCAAAAUGGAAGAACAGUUUUAUGCCCAGCUCCAGGCUUCUCUCUUCCCUCAACCCUGUAUAAACCUCCUGCAUGGCACUUGAGUACCAAAGUGUCAAAGGAGGGGGGAAGCUUUAAGAGCCCCUCUCCUGCAGUUCUCUGUAACAGCACAUUCUUCAGCCUCUCUCCACCACCCUGUGGAGUCAUUCCUUGACAAGGACCAGGGCUGGGGCAGAGCUAAGAGUAGACUCUAGAGCCUCUGUCCUGUGAGGAAGAAUCUAAGUAUUACAUAUCUCUUAUUUCCACCAUCGAUACCUGGGCUGGUGAGGGAAGUGCUGCCUGAUUUCCAUCCCAUAUGCCAGUAUUUCCCAACCUUUUCCAGCCCAAGGCACACUUACAUUAAUAAAAUUUUUUCGCAGCACACCCGUUAAGGCAUUUCCCAUCCUCAUACCUAUUGUAGCUUAUUGCCAUGGCAAAGUUCUGCGGCAAACCUGUUCAUUUCUGACAGCACACUUUUGUGCUGCGGCACACUGGUUGGGAAACAUUGCCAUAUGCACAUAGCUGUUGCUGAACCUGGAAAAGCAAGUGCAGAGGCCAUGGGCUGGGACUCCAUAGGAUGCAACAUCUGUAUAGUUGCUCAAUGGCAGCCAACAUUACUGCUCCUAGUUCUGCAUCCUUCUUCUUCCACAAUCUGAGCAUGAAGCCAUGACAUCCAGCAGAGCUGUGCCUGGGUGUUUGAGUGCUGUGCACAGGACAGUGGCAGUGGUUACACUGCUGGUGGUGCAGCAACAGCUGGGCUGACAGCAAAGCUGCUGCAUGUUUUGCAGGCAUACUACUUUCCCCCGCCCCAGAUAGGCACCCAGGGGUGGUAGCCCACUCGUUCCCUCCUCGUUAUGCUCCUGCCUUUCAGAGUGCCAUAUUGUCCCAGCAUAAACAAGUGGCUGCACAGAUCAGCAGCAAAUGUCCCUAGUUUAUAUUCUCCUUUGUAGCCUAGAGGAAACAUUUUCCAUUCCUAUGGAUGCAAUUCCACCACAGCAUUAGGGUCCAGAUUUGCCCAAGGUUGUGAGAAGCAGACCUGCAGGGGGUAAGUUUGGUUCCGUUCCUGUUUGAUUACUUGUCUUGAGCAAGAAAUGCAAGCACUGUAGCUUGGGAUGCAUUUACAGGCCAAAGCACAAAACCUGUGGAGAAGUACAAGCCAUUUCAAGGUGACAGUUGCAUAUAAUCCAGUGUGCAGUAGCUAAUGGUUGUCAGCCUUCCGUUACUACCCAAAACUCUGAACAGUUCGUAUUGUUUGGACCAUCCGACUCACCCUAACUUUGUAAAGUAUUACAAGGGAUUACAAUUACAUGUUCAAAGUAAAAUGAGACAUUUGCUCCUAAAUCUGUCCAAUGCUUUUAAAAAUCAUUCCCUUAUAUUCUUACAUCACUUUCCCAGUGGAUUCAUUUUUGGUUAAGAUUGUGAUCUGCUGUCCUGUCUUAAGUCUGUUUAGGAAACCAAGAGUGUGCUCUGAGAUGCAAAUGAGCAGAUCUUGCCAGUGGUCAUCAUGUACCAUGUUUGGCAUGUACCAUUCUUGUGCCAGUCUGACUAUGCCAAGUACUAUUUUUUUCUUUUUUCAAAAUAACCAUGCCAUGAAAUGCCAUGAAAGAUGGCUAUAAUAACAACCCAUUACUUAAGGUUCAAAUAGUGAGGCUUCCCAACACUUGAGUAUUACAGUGCAGUUCUUAAACACACAAUAUUACUCAUGCAGGACCCUUGUCUCAUCCAUUACAUGUCUAAGCUAGCAAAAGUUUUGUAUGUGAAGCGAGCACAAUUUUGCCUUUUAUGAGGAUUCCCUGGUAACAUUUUUGUACACAUUUUUCCUAGGGUCUUGGGUUCUGUUGCAUGUGUAAAACACCAUCAUGUAAACACGGCGCACAACAUUCAGUCAUCUGUAUGUUACCAAAUUAUUGAAAUGCCCAUGUCAUGAGAGAACAUGUAAAAAAUAUCUGGUCCAAUUAGUUGUUGCGUAUAAUAUUAAUUCCAAAACAAUAAUACCAAAUUUAAACUCUUCUCAGGCCAACCAUUCAUUCCCGAAUUCACACUUAUUACUACAAAUAGUUUUGUUGCUGGUAACAAUUUAGCUGAACAAUCUUCAGGCUUGUGAGUUGUUAAGUAACUGUUUAUUUCACCGUUUCAUUAUUCAUAAGAUUUUUUUCUUCCUUUGAAUGGCACAGCAUUCUUUUCAGUAUAGUUUGGUAAGCAUUUCGACCAACCACCAACAAUGGCUAACACCUUUUGAUCAGUAAUAAUAUAUUUUUUGUGCAAAAAUUUAAGGAUCAUCUCUGGAACAGCCAGAGGUUGACUAUUCUCAAAAUUAAAUUCAUUUUUGUGCAAGAUGACUCCUCCCCCCCAUCAACCAUCAAUUAAUUGGUAAUUCUUUUUCUUUUAAAUCAUUCAAGUCACACAGUUCUGGGCAUCAGGCUUAUUGUUUAGAAAAAUCCACUACUACAUGUUUAGUCCUUACUCAAUACUUUAAUUAUUUCUGUUGUUCAUGUAUUAAUGUUUUGUAUUUGUAUAUUCUUGUUUAUCAUUGAUAUUGAAUUCCCUAACUUAACUGUUAAUUAAGCUAAAUAAAUUACCUGUUCUUUUUUGGUGAUAGAA